AUGCAGAUUACAGUUUUUACAGUUUUGCUUGCUAUUGUAAUUAAAGGUUCCUCUCAGAUUUCUAUUGAGAAUGUUUAUUCAAAUCUGAUUGGGAGAGAUUCUAUUGAUCAAGCCGAUACUUUCUCUUUCUUUGUGCCAAAACCACUUGGUUAUAAAGGAAGUGAUCCGAUUUGGCCUCGAAGCUACUUUUAUGGCGGCGACAUUUUUGUUGAUGAGAAUGGGGCCACUUUCCCAUUAAGGCCACAACCUCGGCGAAUUAAUCAAAUGUUCCGAUCGCCAACCGAGAAUUAUUACGAACGCCAUGUUAAAUCGUAUUCUUCCGAAGAGCGCGAAGUACACAGCACAAAACUCCAGAAGCUUCUUCGUCGGUUCACUGCUCGUCGCAGUUAA